AUGCUCUACUCGCAGCUGCCUCUUUCGUUGCUCAAGAAUGACGAAUACAAGAUCCCGAUCGACCCACCGACCACCAAAGCCUUUGUCGACUCGGUGCUCUCGACCACAUCAGCCAACAGCAAUCAGGUUUACGGCGCCAAGGUGGCAGGCAAAGCUCUGCUCUUUGACAACCCACCCAAGAAAUCGGCUCUGGCAGAGCUUGCCCAGACGUCUUCCGGAUCCGCAGGCGGGCCGGCAGGUCUUGCGAAACGCAAGCACAGGAGCAAGCACGGCAUGUCGGCCCAGAAGCGCCGCGAGCUCGGGAUCUUUGACCUCUCGGCCGAGGACAAGAAGGCACUCAAGUUUGCCGACUUUGUGGGGCUGGCCAAGCUGUGGACCGGAUAUAUGGACGAGCUGCUGUCGGAACACCAAGCCGCCGGAAAGGCCCCGGGGAAGCCAAAGACGCAGCGCUGGGGAAGCGAUCCCGCCGUUCAAGCCAAAUUAGCCAAGGCAGACUAUCACGGCUCGGUGCUGACGGUCGUCAAGUCAAAGUGCCCUUCGUACGUUGGCCUCUCGGGAAUCUGCAUCAAAGAGACCGAGAACAUGUUCUAUCUCAUCACCAGCAAAGACGAGUACAAGGCCGUGCCCAAAGCAAACAGCAUCUUCACCACGAAAAUCAAGGACCAUGUGUUCUCUCUCUACGGUAACCAGCUCAUUGUCAACCCUGCCGAGCGGGCUUCCAAAAAGUUCAAGAGCCGUGUGUCGAUCAAUUUGUGA